AUGUAGUGCGUCCGUCUUAAUGCGCGGACGGAAAGCACAACAUCUGUGUGUGAAGCGCUCGCUAACACCUCCGACACUUCUGCGUGUCAGUCUGUUUAAAAUACGAACUUACUCUUGCUUUAACAACCAUGAAGUUUCAGUACAAAGAAGAACAUCCUUUCGAGAAGAGGCGAUCAGAGGGAGAGAAAAUCAGGAAGAAAUACCCAGACAGGGUUCCUGUAAUUGUGGAAAAAGCUCCCAAAGCCAGAAUAGGUGACCUAGACAAGAAGAAAUACCUGGUGCCCUCUGACCUGACGGUGGGCCAGUUUUACUUUCUCAUCCGAAAACGAAUCCACCUGAGAGCCGAGGAUGCUCUCUUCUUCUUUGUAAACAACGUCAUUCCCCCGACCUCCGCCACCAUGGGCCAGCUGUACCAGGAACACCAUGAAGAAGAUUUCUUCCUUUACAUCGCCUACAGUGACGAGAGUGUGUAUGGAGAAUAAAGCCAAAGAGAAACGACCCUCAUCCUCUCUCUCUCUUCUCUCUCUCUCUCUCUCUCUCUCUCUCUCUCUCUCUCUCUCUCUCUCUCUCUCUCUCUCUCUCUCUCUCUCUCUCUCCUCCUCCUCUAUAGACGUCAUGCUGACAGCUUAGAGCUCUCAGCACUGAAGUAUCAGAUGCACUUUCGCUUUGGGUCUUUCAUAUCUCCUUUUGUGUUUUUAUCAUUCGGCCUGACGUUCAAUUCUGACGUUUAUUAACAAUUUACUAAGAAGCAGUGUUUCAUUUUUCAUGAAUCUUACAAAGCUCUAAUGCUAUGAAAAUGUCACUAACAGUGUUAAAGUUCACAUUUAUUUCCGCUUCUAUGCUGGUGUGUCCAGUUAUAAUAUUUAGACCUUUCCUAGUCAAGCUGGUUUUUAUUUAUUUAUUAUUAUUUUUGCUUUUUCUAGAUGGUUUCUAACUAGCAUGUGCAGUCCAGCACUCGCUGGUCAGUCAAGUCCAGAAAAGGGACUUAAGUGUAUUCUGUGGAACUUAAGUCUAAUAUGCUGUUGUUACCUUGAUUUACUUUUUUUUUCGUCCCUAAGUGAAUGUAGAUGAGUAGGUUUAUUUUAAGUUGUAAAUCUAAAGUGCAAGUUUUAUUUGCAGUUCUGUUUAGUUUUUUUUUUAAUCUUGGUAUUCAGUUGUAUUUCUGAUACCCUUUACAAUGACCAUAUAAACCAAAUGCACACCAA